UUGUAUAAAAAUAAUGGAAUGAAAUGGGAGUUGUGUGUAUUUUUAGCUAUGCUGUGCCUGAGGGUAAGAGUGGGCAACAAGCAGUUGAUAUGUUACAGAAAAAUGUAGAAUUACUAGGAGCCACAAGAUCUGGUAACUUUUGUGUUGAUUGUGAAACGUACCAGUCAAAUUCACAGAAUAUUUCACAAAGACUAAUUCAUAUUCUACACAACAGUGAACACCCUGCGUCAUGUUUUGCUGCACUGGACACAGGGACAAUUCUUGUGUCAGAUUUAUUGUUUGAUGUACUCAUGUCUAAAUUAACAGCUGCUAAGACAGGACGAGAGAGUUUCUACCAACAGAGAAAAGGUUUUAGGAUUGAAAGUAGAGGGCAGAGAUAUGAGUUAUGGGAUUUUGUUAUCAAAAUUGGAUCUGUGUCUCUUGCAUCAAACUUUAAAGGAAUUUUGGUAGAGGUAGAAUACUGUCCAUGUGUAGUAGCUGGUGAUUGUUGGAAUCUCAUCAAAGAAAUGGCACAAAGCAUUGUGGGAAAUGUAGCAGACAAUCCACCCAUGUACAUAAAAAAUAAAACAGAUCCUGUAUAUUCUCCAUCUGACACAGUUAAUCAGUAUCUAGAACAUUUUAAUAACUUCAGGAAAACAGCACCUCAAGGACAGCCCAGUAGAUGAACCUUAUCAAAUAUACAGAAUUUAAUACAGAGCAAUCAAAUAUGAAUGCUACUGAAUUCCGAAUGGUCCAAAAUUUUCAAGAUACAUUGAUCGAUGACACUGGGUGCAUCAGGCGGUAGGUCUUUCCUUUAGAGAGACAAAAGUAUUAUUUUCACUUGAAAUGCAGAGAUAAAAAUGGUGCUUGAUUGAAAAGUUGUACAUAUAAUAAAUGAAAUGUCUUGUGUUACAUGUACAGAUACCAACAAAACAGUAUAAACUUCAUGUAUUUAUUAAAUCAAAUAGGUAGAA